AUGGUCAAUAAGUCGGCGUUAAAGAAUCAAUUUUGCGAAUUGACAGGUACAUCAACCACAACAGCAGGAAGGUAUUUGGAUGCAAGCAAAUACAAUUUAGAACAAGCAGUUGACACAUAUUAUGAAAAACACGCAUCGAAAUCCAGUCCCAAUUCCAAAUCAAAUGGAAAAUCCUCAACCAGUGAUAUACACUUGGUUGCCAUAUUUGAUCAGUAUAAAGAUGCAAACAAUCCAGAAAUUAUAGAUAUAGAUGGCACUUUGAAAUACCUCGAGGAUUUGGGAAUAGAUCCCGAUGAUCCAAAAUCUUUAACGUUAGCAUUCCUACUAAAGUCACCACUGGUUGGUGUUUUCGAAAAGAGCAAGUUUUUAACUACUUGGCAAUAUUACAAGAUCCAUGAUGUGAAAGCAAUGUCCAAGUUUUUAGUUAACUUUCAUCAUGAUGUAUUGCAUGACAAAGGAACAUAUACUGACAUCGAUACCGACAAAGUGAUUGAUUUUAAACAAUUGUAUGAUUUUACAUUUGGAUUCUUGAAGGAAUCAGAUAAUCAAAAAGCUUUGGAUAUCGACUUGACAAUUUCGUAUUGGAAAUUGUUACUACCUUUGAUAACCUCAGUCUAUUUCACCAAAAAUAACCCUCAUAAUGAAGAUGAUAAAGCCAAAGUUGAAGAACGAGUGCAAAACUGGUAUGAUUUUUUAACCAAUAGCAAUACAAGACCAGUAAUUACAUUUGAUACAUGGUCAAUGUUUUAUUUAUUCUUUUUAGAAGUGAUUCUUCCCGAUCCUUAUAAACUUUCCAACUACGAUGAGAUGGCAGCGUGGCCAAGCAAGAUGGAUGAGUAUAUAGAGUAUUUAUCAGAUUAUAAUUUGAUAUAA